CAGCCCAACCAGAACCCAGCCGUCUCACCACUGUCCUUGCCUCCUCUCCUCCACACGCGAUGGCGGCGGCGGCGGCGGCGACUCCGGCGGGCGGGUACUCGUGCGAGACGGCGGAGCAGACCCGCGAGUGGAUGGAGGCCAUCGCCGCAUUCCUCCGCCUGCACCGCCCUCUCCUCGAGGCGCACGUCGUCAACUUCUUCAAGGAUCGGCUGUGGGAGAUGGUGGACGCGGAGUGGAUGGAGUGCCUCCGCAGGGAGCCCGUGGAGAGCUUGCUCGUGUUGCCAUCCGGAUGUGUUCAGGAGCACUGGCCGAGUGCACUGCGAGAUUUCGUAGUCACUGCUAGGUCACUUGUUCUUCCACGGGAGCAGAAGUCACCACGAUCACUCCUACCUGAUUUGCAUGUAGCAUCAAUUAAUACUGUUCUCGCUCAAGGCAUGAACUCUAAGAAGAAACAUGAAAUCGAAACUCUAGCUGGGAUUGUUCAUGCAAUUACUAAGAGUUGUGGAGCAAAGACAGUGAUUGAUGUAGGUUCUGGUCAGGGUUAUCUUGCCCAAGCUUUAUCUUUUGAGUAUCAACUCCCUGUUGUAGCAAUAGAUGCUUCGUCACAUCAUGCAACAGUUACAAAUACUCGUGCAGAGAGAAUAAAGAAGCACUAUGCUGCUAAGUGUGUGGGGAAGCAACAGCUCAUUGUUCCUAGAACUGUUACUUGCCAUGUACUUUGUAGCGACACAUUGGCAGCUGUGACAUUAGAAGCAUGUCAGGAUAACCAUGCUGAACAUGUACCAGAAAGUAAGAUCUUCAAUGAGAGUACUCAACAGAUCGAGAAACCAAAUCACAGCAUUCCUCCAUUAGUCCUUGCUGGUCUUCAUGCUUGUGGUGAUCUUUCAGUUAACAUGCUAAGGGUUUUUGUGUCGUGUAAACAAGUAAAAGCAUUGAUAAGUAUUGGUUGUUGCUACAACUUGCUAUCUGAGGAAUGUCAUGAAGACACAAAGACAUGUCCUGGUUUUCCUAUGAGCAAGGCUGCUAAACUAUCUAAUUUGGUGCUUGGGAGAAGCAUCCGUGACGUAGGUUGCCAGAGUGCUGAGAGAUGGAGAAGUCUCACUAAGGAUAUCGCCAUACAAAAUUUUGAUAUACACGCCUUCCGUGCUGCAUUUCAAAUGGUGCUUGAGAAACAUUUCCCAGAGGUGUCAAGAUCGAGCCCAUCAAUUGGAAGGCAAGGAAAAGCACUGCGCCGUCAAAGGCUUCGGAAAGUUAUGGAAUCCCAUAUGGCUAUUGGGAAAAUCAACGAAUUAUCUUAUUCUACCCCAAAAGAACAAAUCAUGACCAAAGAUGGUCGACUACCCACAAACCCUGAUGAAUUUGCGGUUGCUGUAGACUGCCGCCCUGAGCUUUCAGCAGGGUCUGUUGAUUCAGCUGUCUUUGGAGCCAGCAUUGUACCAGAUGACAUCUAUCUUGAUAAAUCUCAAAAGUUCACCCUUUUUAAAGAUUUCACUGUGUCUGGAUUAGGUCGCCUUGGCUGUGAUUUGGUGGAAGAUGUUAGUCUACUUGAAAUAUGGAAGGAUGUGCAACCAUUCAUGGAAUUUAUAGGUCCCUUCUGGUGCCUUCGGACUGCUUUAGGGCCACUGGUGGAAACAUAUAUUUUGCUUGAUCGGUUACUGUUUAUUCAAGAACAAGGCAGUGCUAUUGAAGCAUAUCUAUUUCCUCUGUUUGAUCCCACUAUGUCUCCAAGGAACAUGGCAAUAAUUGCAUGGAAGUCAUCUGCAAAUCUUUCAAAUGCAUGACAUGUAUUUUGCACAGGUAGGAGCGAAUUCUCAGUUUUCAACAUUGCAGAAGUCAUUGCAAAUCCAGAUACGGGAAUGUAGAAGAUAUUGCCCUCAAACAGUGUGCCUGUAUCCAAUAAAUGCUAAGUCAACAUCUAGAACGAUUCCAAUGCCUUCCAGUGCAUGUCUGCUUGUUUCUCUGAAGUGAUCAUCAUACAAGUUGCCACCAAAUUUCACAUUCCCUGCAAUAUGGUUUAUGCAAGAUUGGCAAGCUACACUUAUCAAGGAAAAAGUUCAUGAGACACCUUUUGCCAACAGAUAUACAUUCAUUCUUAUUAUUUAUACUGCUUUAUAGUGGAUUGAUCUUUAUAUUAUCCUAACUGCCUCAAAAAAUAUGUUCAACAAAUCAACAUUAAUGAAUUGUUUCUGAAAUGAGACUUUAACCCUUGCUUAUCUUUUUUCAAUCUGUAAACUUAUGUUUGAUAUAUGUGACAAAUCAUUUGGAGACGACAGCUCAGCAGGAUUGGCUGUAAGCUGCCUAAUUACAUUGACUGUUUACAAAAUUAUGUAUUGUCUCAUAAAAUACUGAACCCUGUUGGAUCUUUGAUGUGGCACGACCAAAGAGGAGGCUGGAGGAUGACUAAUGCAAGAGUUGACUUGCGUAAUUUAUAAGCUUCAUGUGCUGGUUCAUGAUUUUACCAGUAUAUUUGCGGUUUCAGGUUUCUCAUAGCUUAUCUCCAUACGUGUCUGUGUACACGUGUCUAGAAUUCUUGCAUUUUUAGUCCUCGUUUUUCUACCAUACUGUUCUUGUCGUAUACAAGCAUUCUUCAGUGGGUUUUCAACUCCUUGAAUUGUAAUGUUUACGGUUUUACCCAUAUUAAUAUUUUUUGAAAUUUUCUACUGCUGGCUUAACAAUUUUGAGAAAUGGAUUGGUUAUGUACUUUUGAGGA